AUGGGAGAACCUCUUGUUGUCAGUACGAAUGGUGCAGAACACGUCAACUCCUCUUCGGACUCGUCGACCCCUGCCGGUCCUGACGACCAACCACCUAUAGAGGAGCCUCCCGAUACAUGCCACAGUGAAAAGUCCAAUCGCCAUCACACGCAUUCUGCCCGCAGCGUCGCGCAGCAGCUGUCCUCCGACAUUGAUCAUGGACUGAGCGGCCAAGAGGCGGCCCACCGGCUCGCCCGGGAUGGUCCCAAUGCUAUCAAAGGCGCCAAAGGUCUCUCUGCUUGGGAGAUGUUCAUGCAGCAAGUUGCCAAUGCACUGACUGUUGUCCUCGUCGCUGUAGCCGCCAUAUCGUUUACGAUUGGUGACUUUACCGAGGGAAGCGUCGUUGUGGCCGUAAUCGUGCUCAAUAUUACUGUUGGUUUGAUCCAAGACUACCGCGCAGAGAAAACUAUUCAGUCUCUGUAUGCGCUGUCGACACCCAAAUGCAAAGUGAUCCGGGACGGCCGCAGUGGCACCGUCAAGGCCGAGACGCUCGUCAAAGGCGACCUGGUUUCUCUUGCCACGGGAGACGUAGUACCCGCAGACCUGCGUCUUGUUCGGAGUAUCAACCUGACAACUGACGAGGCACACCUGACUGGCGAAUCCGUAGCCAUUAGUAAAGAUGCGGACACGGUCUUUACGAAUCCGGACAUGCCAGUUGGCGACCGCAUCAACCUCGCCUUUAGCGGCAGCUCUGUGACUCGUGGCCGCGCUACCGGAAUUGUCAUAUCGACGGGAAUGGAAACCGAAGUUGGUCAAAUAGCCAAACUUUUGCGACAGAAGAAGAAGGAGGUCAAGGGCAGCAACCCUGCGACCAGAGCACUCUAUGCCUCCUACCAAGCUGUCCGUAGUGUUCUAGGUCUCGAAGGUACUCCCUUGCAAGCGACUCUUAGCAAGUUUGCCUUUCUCCUGUUUGGUCUGGCCAUUAUUCUUGCCGUCAUCGUCUUCUCCGUAAGCCUGUGGGACGUCAACGAUGACGUUCUUCUCUAUGGCAUCUGUGUUGGCGUUGCGGUCAUUCCUGAAUCGUUGCUAGCUGUCCUGACUGUGACCAUGGCUGUUGCCACCAAAGCCAUGGUCAAGGGCCACGUCAUUGUCCGACAAAUGCCAUCGCUUGAAGCAGUAGGCGGAGUCACAGACAUCUGCUCCGACAAGACCGGAACGCUCACCCAAGGGCGCAUGAUUACGCGCAAAGUUUGGCUCCGUGACGGGCUUGUUGGCGCCGUCCAUGGCGCGGCAGAUCCUUACGAUCCGAGCAGUGGAACGGUUUCCUGGUCCGGCUCGCUUGUUGGAGCCUGCCUCGAUGCUUUCCUCACCACCAUCGUCUUGUGCAACAAUGCCACGAUUUCCGAUAGCAAGAAAGAGCCCGAGACGGAUACCAGCAGCGUCACAACAGCUUUCGAACCCGCGGAAUGGAAAGCCAUGGGGGAACCGACUGAAAUCGCGCUCAAAGUGUUUGCAAUGCGAUUUGGUAAAAGCACUGGACGCGGUCCCCUUAUUGCGGAACUUCCGUUUGACUCUUCCUGCAAGCUGAUGAGCGUAGUUUACGGAAAUGAUCUGAGCAAGGAACGCCACGUCUACACGAAAGGCGCGGUCGAGGCGCUUCUGCCAAAGCUGAAGGAGGAUGACCAACUCAAGAACGCCAUUUUAGCCAAAGCAGAUGCGCUUGCUAGCGAAGGGCUUCGAGUCCUAUGCAUCGCCGAUAAAACCAUGUCGGGAGAGGCGGACGAUUUCCAAGACCGGGCCAACGUGGAGCGCGACCUUCGCUUCCUCGGAUUGGCUGGGCUCUACGAUCCGCCUAGACCUGAAACCGCUGGCGCGGUAAAGCAAUGCCAGGAAGCCGGUAUAACGGUUCACAUGGUAACUGGCGAUCACAUCAAGACUGCCACAGCCAUCGCUUACGAGGUUGGCAUCAUAUCCCGGAAUAUGCCGCUCUCACCUACCAUGGUCAUGUCAGCCGCAGACUUCGAAAACCUCACUGACGACCAGGUUGAUGCGCUCCACGCUCUGCCCCUGGUUAUUGCUAGGUGCAGCCCGCUGACCAAGGUCCGAGUUAUCAAAGCUCUUCAUCGGCGGAAGGCUUUCUGUAUCAUGACGGGCGACGGCGUCAACGACUCACCGGCUCUGAAGCAGGCUGAUGUUGGCAUAGCAAUGGGUGAUCGUGGAAGCGAUGUUGCCAAGGAGGCAUCUGACAUGGUUCUUACUGAUGACAACUUUGCUUCCAUUGUUACUGGUAUUAAAGAAGGCCGAAGACUGUCUGACAAUAUUCAAAAGUUUCUCUUGCAUCUCCUCACUUCAAAUUUGGCCCAGGUCAUACUACUCCUCAUUGGUCUAGCGUUUAAAGACCGGGAAAAAGUGCCCGUGUUCCCGCUUUCGCCGCUAGAAAUACUAUGGGCAAAUCUUGUGACGUCUUCCCCGUUGGCGCUGGGCCUCGGCCUUGAGGAAGCGCAACCCAAUAUUCUUCAGCGGCCGCCUCGAAGCUUGUCAUCAGGAGUCUUCACCUUGGACCUGGUUCGUGAUCAGAUGAUGUACGGAACUUUCAUGGGCUCUCUCUGCCUGGCAGCGUUCAUGCUGGUUGCGUAUGCGUCUUUGGACAAGGGUUUCCAUGAUUUGCCGGCUGGGUGCAAUGACGGCGUUGGCAAGGACUGUUUACCCGUGUUUCGGGCGAGAGCGACGACGUUUGCAACGCUAAGCUUCUUGCUUCUAGUCACAGCCUGGGAGGUGAAGCACUUUCAUCACAGUCUAUUUUCCAUGGACAAGCGUUGGUCUGGCCCGUUUUCGGUGUUGAAGACGGUGUACCACAACUCGGUCUUGUUUUGGUCGGUUGUGGCUGGGUUUCUGGUGACGUUUCCAGUCAUUUACAUACCCAAUGUCAACACGUCCGUCUUCAAGCACAGCGGUCUGACGUGGGAGUGGGCUGUCGUCGCAGGCUGCGUGGCAACGUACGUUGGACUCGUGGAGUCUUGGAAGGCAGUCAAGAGACGGUUUGGCCUAGGCGUUGGCAAGCUGUCAGUGGAUCGCGGACAAGCGUAG